AUGAUGUUGGAAGCAAGGGAAAGCAUAGAACAGGAGAUCUGGUGGGAGCCAAAGAUUGGAAGUUCAAACAUUUGGUUUGACAAUUGGACUAAGCUAGGAGCUCUUAUUUAUGUGGUUCCCCAGUCCUGGAAAAUUAAUGAGCAUGUUGAAGAUGUCUCUGAACUUAUGACAGAUGGAGGAUGGAAUAUUAGUAAACUCAUGCAGCUGUUUCCUGAAGAUAUUGUGCAGCAUAUAAUACAGGAAAUUGGCAUUACAUAUGCAUCAAAUGAAUGGGAUAGACCUUCUUCUAGUCAUGGUCACCAUUUUGUUAUCACCGCUACAGACUACUUCACCAAGUGGGUGGUGGAUGAUGACAAGUUCAGAUUGUGGAAGUUUAAAGUCCCAGUUGAUGAGGUGGUGGCAAGUAUUGGCAUUCCAUUAGUUUCAAAGUGUUGUUGCUGUCAUAAUGCUCAGAUGGAGACAAUAAACCAUUUGUUUCUGUGUGGGGAAUUGGCUACAAAGGUAUGGAGAUACUGCAAUAUGGGGGCUGGUUUGAACAUGAAUUGUGUACAGGUCAAACAUGCUAUAAGAAAUUGGUGGGAAGCAAAAUGCCAUUUCAAAAUGAAAACCAUAUAUAAAGCAGUGCCUGCUUUUAUUGUGUGGCAAAUAUGGAAGUGGAGAAACAAUAAGCUUCAUGGUGGUACAAUGAAUCUGAAUAGGGUGUUAUAUGACAUAAAUAUGAACAUUCAUAUGUUAUGUAAAGUUCAGUUUCCUGGGCUGAAUAUUCCAUCGAGAUGGCAUCAGAUUGUUCAGUUCAUUGAAGAAUAUAAGCCUACUGUUAUAUGCAGAAUUAUUAAAUGGAGGAGACCUGCAUCUGGUGUUUUCAAGUGUAAUACUGAUAGAGCUGCUAAAGGAAAUCCAGGUCCAAGUUCUGCUGCUCUUUGUAUAAGAAAUGAUGAGGGAGAUUUGGUGUAUGCAGCUGAUAAAACUUUGACAGAUGGAACAAAUAUUAUGGCUGAGGCUGAGGCCAUUAGGAUAGGAAUGAGGUAUUGUGUGGAAAAACAGCUUUUUCCAUUGAUCAUAGAAACUGAUUCUAUGACCAAGAAGAAGAUUUUAAAGGUUGAAUGGAAGGUUCCUUGGAGCAUCUCAAUGCUGGUGGAUGAAAUCAAGAGAAUGAUGAAUGCUCAGACAGUAUCAGUGGAGCAUAUACAUAGAGAAGGCAAUGGGCUGGCAGAUUUUUUAAAGGUCCAGUUCAGUUUCAUACUUUUCAGGAACUGCCAAGUCAAGCUAAGAGGAUUUUAA